AUGUCCGACACUGUCAUGAUUGGAGUACCAAGUGGAACGGCACCGUCGGCAGCGAAAAAGACGUGUUUGGUAAUUGACGAGGUUCCCGUCACAAGCCAAUACUUCGGACUGCGAUUGGAAAGCGAGACACCCAACACCAAAGAAUGCUCCUCGCUAUGCAUCAUGAAAAUAUGGGACACUUGGGAGAGAGAAGCGGAAGAAAAGACGAGAACUCGGCAAGCAAACGUCGGCCAGAUUUUCGGUUUCGAAGUACCGAAGGGACCUCCGCCGCGCUCCAACCUUUGGAAGUCAACUACAUACCAACGCUACCAUGAGCACUACAGCACCAUCUCCCUCAACGCGUCUAGCAUCUCUAAUACCGCUUCCCAUCGCUCUGCAAUUGCUUGGGCCUUCGCGGAUGAAGUCCCUGCGAAGUGCUCUCCUAUCAGCUCCGCCGUCCCGGAGUCACGUGAAACCAGCAGCAUUCCCACGCCUCCACGACUGCACACGACCAUCAUGGUUCUUCGAGCCAGUACCCGCCCUUGAUCUCCUCACACGACUCCUUCAAGAAGAUGGGCAAGGUCUUUCGCUUUCGUCAUCAACACGUUGUUCCUAGCGAGGCUGGUGCUUGAACUAUCAGUCAUCAUCUCUAGCUUGGCUCUGAAGUCUUGAAGCUGCGUAAGUAU